UUCAGGAAGAUGGCCGAGGCCAGUAUUUCAGUAGCUCAGGACCAGUUCAUGUGUCCAGUGUGUCUGGAUCUCCUGAAGGAUCCGGUGGCUAUCUCCUGUGGUCACAGUUUCUGUAAGGUGUGUAUUAAUGGCUGCUGGGAUCAGGAGGAUCAGAAGGGCGUCUACAGCUGUCCUCAGUGCAGAGACACUUUCACGACAAGGCCUGUUCUACGCAGAAACAACAUGCUGGAUGAAGUGGUGGAGAAACUGAAGAAGACUGAAAUCCAAGCUGCUUCUCCUGCUCACUGUUACGCUGGACCUGGAGAUGUGGAGUGUGAUUUCUGCACCGGGAGAAAACACAAAGCCGUCAAAUCCUGUCUGAUUUGUUUGGCUUCUUAUUGUGAAACUCAUCUGAAACAUCAUCGUGAAGUUCCUGCUUUGAGAAAACACACAUUAAUUGAAGCCUCAGCAAAACUCCAAGAGAAGAUCUGCUCUGAACAUAACAAGCUCUUUGAGAUCUACUGUCAUACUGAUCAAGCCUGCAUUUGUUAUUUGUGCAUGUUGGAGAAACAUAAAGACCAUGACGCUGUUUCAGUUGCAGCAGAAAGAGCUGAGAAACAGAAAACUGAAUCAUGGGUUCUAGCUAUAGAACCGUGGGUGUGUGCAUUCCCCAGAAGAACCGCCUCCUUCCAUUCUGCCAUCAACUGAUCGUGUUAAAUAAUGCUGCGGAGAAAUCAUUGAUCUUGAUUUUAUCCAGUCUAUGGACGUGACGUGACCCUAGUGAUUACUGAUAGACUGUCUCAGUGUCACCUGCGGAA